AUGAACCCAUCUCUCUUAUUCAACUUGGUCAUCAAUGACGUCUUGAAGAGAAAGACCGACUAUGGUUACUUGCCAUUGGGUGUUGGUAAGAAGGUUAUUGUUGAGUUCUCGUCUCCAAACAUCGCCAAGCCUUUCCACGCCGGCCACUUGAGAUCCACAAUCAUCGGUGGUUUCUUGUCUAACUUGUACGAACAUGCUGGCUGGAACGUCACCAGAAUCAACUACUUGGGUGACUGGGGUAAACAAUUUGGAUUAUUAGCCGUUGGGUUUGACAGAUAUGGAUCAGAAGAAAAGUUGGCCCAAGACCCAAUUAACCACUUGUUUGAAGUUUACGUCAAGAUCAACAAGGAUGUUACUGAUGAAGGCGAAAACUCAAAGACUAACGACGAAGCCAGAGCAUUUUUCAGAAAGAUGGAAGAUGGCGAUGAAGCCUCAUUGAAGAUUUGGAAGAGAUUCAGAGACUUGUCCAUUGACAAAUAUAUCGACACCUACGCUCGUCUUAACAUUAAGUAUGACGUCUAUUCGGGUGAAUCUCAAGUUCCAAAGGAAUUGAUGAAAAAAGCCACUGACAUGUUUGAAGAAAAGGGAUUGAUUCAUGUUGACCGUGGGGCCAAAUUAAUCGAUUUAACUAGAUUCAACAAAAAGUUAGGUAAGACCCUUGUGGAAAAGUCCGAUGGUACUUCUCUUUACUUGACCCGUGAUGUCGGUGAAGCCAUCAAGCGUUACGAAACUUACAAAUUCGACAAGAUGAUCUACGUCAUUGCCGCCCAACAAGAUUUACACUGUGCUCAAUUCUUUGAAAUUUUGAAACAAAUGGGUUUCGAAUGGGCCAAGAACAUGGAACACGUCAACUUCGGUAUGGUCCAAGGUAUGUCCACCAGAAAGGGUACCGUUGUCUUCUUGGACAACAUUUUGCAAGAAACCAAGGAAAAGAUGCACGAAGUUAUGAAGAAGAAUGAAGAAAAAUACGCUCAGAUUGAAAAUCCCGACAAGAUUGCUGACUUGGUUGGUAUCUCCGCUGUCAUGAUCCAAGAUAUGCAAUCUAAGCGUAUCAACAAUUACGAAUUUAAAUGGGACAGAAUGACCUCGUUUGAAGGUGAUACCGGUCCAUACUUGCAAUACGCCCACUCACGUGUUUGCUCCGUGCAAAGAAAAGCCGAUCAUAUCUCCGCUGACGAUUUGGUCAAUGCCAACUAUGAAUUAUUGACUGAACCAAGUGCACAAGCUCUUAUUAGAACUUUGGCUCAAUACCCAGAUACUAUCAAGAAGGCCUUAAAGACACUUGAACCAUCCACCAUCGUCACCUAUUUAUUUAAUGUUUCCCAUAUUAUCUCUCAAUGUUAUGAUGACUUAUGGGUUGCAGGUCAACCAGAUGACUUGGCCGCUGCUAGAUUGGCAUUGUACGUAUCUGCUAAACAAGUCUUGUACAAUGGUAUGACCUUGUUGGGUUUGACUCCAGUCGAAAGAAUGUAA